AUGACUGAGUCAUCCACGGUUGAGGUCAAAGAGGGUCGCGCUACCAUUCUGUUUCCCAGCAGAGAUGAGGUUUUCUACAAUCCAGUGCAGCAGUUCAACCGCGAUUUGAGUAUUCUCGCAAUUCGCACCUGGGCAGACUUAAGAUCACCGAAAACGCGUGUAAAAUCGGCUCACCGUCACAAGAAGUUGGACGACCCUGUUGAAGAAAACCUUUCUUCGAAAGAAAAUAAAAAAUCCGUAGAGAAAGAGACCUCAAUUGCUUCGGAAAAAGACAAUUCUCCCAAGGACGUAGAAACAGACUCGGCUUCCACAGUCACUGCGACGGACUCAACGAAAGCUACGGAAGAACUGUCUUCGUUUACGAUUUUAGAGGCUCUUUCUGCUACUGGUCUGCGUGCCAUUCGUUACGCUCACGAAAUCCCGAACGUGAAACGCGUUUUGGCAAAUGACUUGCUUGCUGACGCUGUGGCCAACAUUGAGAAGAAUGUUGCCUUUAACAAUGUUCAGAAUAUUGUUAUUCCUAACAAGGGUGACGCGAACGUGGUCAUGCACAUGAACAAGCUCCGUUACGACGUGAUUGAUUUGGAUCCUUACGGUUCCGCCGCUCCUUUCUUGGAUGCUGCUGUGCAAUCCGUCAGUAAUAACGGUCUCUUGUGCAUCACCUGUACCGACUCUGCUGUGUUGGCAGGAAAUGCAUAUCCCGAAAAGUGCUUUUCCGCCUACGGCGGCUCGUCUCUGCGUUCACAAUUCUGUCACGAGCAGGCUGUGCGUCAUUUGCUGUAUGCCAUUGCCAUGGCUGCCGCAAAGUACGGUCGAGCCAUUGUGCCUCUUUUGUCGCUGAGUAUUGAUUUCUACUUCCGUGUCUUUGUUCGUGUUGAAGUUCGCCCCGCACGCGUAAAGCUUUUGCAAAGUCAAUCAAUGCUCGUCUACCAUUGCUCUGGAUGUGGUAGUUAUGCCACUCAGUAUAUGGGACGAACCGCGCCGGCCAAGAUCCCCGGUACGCUCAAGUACACGAAUGCCUCUGGACCUCCUGUCGGCGAAAGCUGUGCUCACUGUAACCACAGACAUCACAUCGGUGGUCCUCUCUGGGGAGGCCCGUUGCAUGAUAAGACCUUCGUGCAGAAUAUGCGUAAGCUUGCCGAAACCCUGGACCCUGAAGUCUACGGAACUAAACGACGCGUUCUUGGAAUGCUGGCUGUUGCCGAUGAGGAACUCACUGAUGUUCCUCUUUACUUCAUCCUUUCUCAGAUUUCGGGUAUUCUUCAUUCGCAAGUCCCUCCCCAAAAUACGUUUGUUUCGGCUCUCUUGAACGCGGGCUACCACGUUUCCGGAUCUCAUGCACGCAGUGGUGCAAUUAAAACAGAUGCUCCUUGGGCUUUUGUCUGGGAUGUUCUCCGUACCUGGAUCAAGGAACACCCCGUCAAGCAGAGCAACAUCAACGAUGCAAGUCCCGGUGCCGAGGUCUUGCGUAAGGAAAUUACUCACAAGGUCGACUUUACCUUGCAUCCUGAUGCAGAGUUUGCGUCUAAGAAGGCAGGCUAUACCCGUUACCAAAUGAACCCUACAGAAAAUUGGGGACCUAAAAGCAGAGCUGGCAAGCGCAAACAUGAGUCUCCUCCUCCACCUACCGCUGUUCCCUCUGAGCAAAAGGCUUAA